GUUGAAAUCCCCUUGAGUUAUACCGUUAAAAACCUAAUUGUGUUUAGAGGAAUAAAACACUAUAAGGUGCAAGGGAGAAGGUAUAAAUAAAUCUUCGAACGACGAGGGCGCAAAGGUGAAGCAUGUCCCAUUAUUUAUCUGGCAUCGUACAGAUGAAAACUCAGUGAUUACGGAUACAUUACGUAGAAGGAGUGGCUUUUACUAACAUCUACUAAGAUUACAUCGCUAUAAUACAUACCUUAACUCAACCGAGACCCACCCCUUAACAUUCAAUAUCGUUUCACAAUGAGAAGUAUUUGAAAAGAGGGAGUCUCCAUAAUUUGAAGGCGCACUUUCCUUGAUGUGUGCAGUCAUCUGAAUGGGUAUCAUGGUCUUUUCAUUUCCCUUUCGAGUUGUUGAUGUUUGGGAGACCAGCUAACAAAACUAGCUACUAAGAGACUGGUUUAAGGAAACGUUGAAUCUGGAGCCUAGACUAUGUCUUUGCAAUGAUGAAAAUAAUGUCCAUCAGGUCUUUCAGAGGAAAAAAAAUUACUGGAGCUUUUUACCGACAUCAUUCUCAACUUCCAAAAUUAAGUUUCACAGUGAUAGAUCAAGAUAAAUCUGAUAUAGAAUACCAUUCGGCCCAUGCUGCAAAUACAAUCAAUCCUGAAAGGAAACAUGUGCCUUCUAUGGGCCGAAUUUUUCUUUCAAGUCCGACUCACAAUGAUUCAGAGUCAAGUGAGAAUCAGAUUGAUAUAAAUUCGUUGCCGUCAUGGUAUGAACGACUGCAGAAACCUUCGAGUUAUAGAAUAGAAGAAGAUAUCAAACAAUCUGAUUGUAACAUUCCAUAUAGAAGUUUUCAGCGAUGUUACUCACGAGUGCUGGCACUAUAUACCGAUACAUUUUUAUCCCUUACCAAAUCACAUAUGCGAGAAUUACAAGCUAGAUUUCAUGAUCCAAAUGUUGCGGCCAACAUACAAGAGCAGCAAAUAAAGAUUGAUGUAGCUGUACGAAAGCUAAGCGAUCUAUCGGCAAAUACAUUUAUAAUGUACAAGAGAUUAAAAGUCAAACGACUGACUCCCCCAUUCUAUUUACAUCAACAGUUCUUGGUUCAUUUGGGCGCAAAAAACACUUCCAAAUUACUAGACUUGUAUUUUGACCUACCCGAACCCCGACCAUUGUACCUCAAGCGUGAAGAGUUUGAGAGACUUAUGAGCUUGAUAUUACGUUUGAAGAUUUCUGGCGACCACAGGGCUUUAGUUCCACGAGUAGUGGAAGUUUAUGAAGACAUUCGACAAAACGGAAAUGGAAUUAACCUCACACCAUUCGAGGAAACUAAAUACUUUUCACUUUUAUUGAAUUCAUGGAAGGAACAAAAUCUUUCGCAGGAAGAGAAGUAUCACAAAGUGCUGGAUCUAAAACUCAGUUCAAAGAAAAAGCUUAAAUUUUGCCCAGCUAUGUGGAAUAUUAUGCUCACUCAUUUCCCGGAGAAAGUAGAAGAAAUAAUGAAAAUGAUGGCAAACGAAACUGGAAUCACAAGAUCAACUUCGGAAAUAUUUCUUCGACAUCUUCAAACAUAUGACGAGUUCAAUAAUGCUUUGGAGCUAAUGAAGUUAAAAUAUUUUCAUGUUGAUCCUUGGCUGAUGGAUAUCAUAUUAGAGAAAUAUAUUUACUUUGACAAAUCAAAUGAAGCCUUGCAACUUUUGUCAGAAACCCUGGCUAUUUUUGAAGAUGUAUCAACCUUAAACUGGACUUUUUCAACCCAAAAGUUUCAAAGAACUGAACUUUUCAAAGUGGACAUUUUAAACAAAACAUUUUUUGAUCUUCAUAACGAAAUGCCAGAUAAACCUUUUACAUGGUUGAGAUACAAAUUCAAACCAAGCCCUUUAACUGUUGGCAAACUCUUAGUUUCUUUAAAGCGUGAUGAUCAAAGACUCAGUCUAUUGGGAUUAAUGAAAAAGCAAAAUAUACCCCUUGUAAAUAAAUUUGCAGUGCAAUUACUCAGUGAAUGUAGCUUCAGAUCGUUGCCAAUAAUUUUAGAGCUGGUCAAUUCUUCCACCCGUUUUAAUUCACAGCUACACAACGUAUUCAAAGAUUCUAGGUAUGACGUCAAUUAUUUGAAUAAUUUUGUCCUUGAUCAAAGAGAACCUCUCUUUGAACUGAAGGAAAUAUUUCGUCAAAGUUUAAAAAUCUAUGAUGAUAGCGCCAAUGUUGCAGAUACUGACCCAACUAGAGCAGCGGUGGCUGAUCAACUUGUCCAACUCAAUGACGAGGUAGGGAGUGAUUGAAUGUUCAAAGCUAGAGAAUUUUUUUUUUGAGUUGUGAGUUGUGAUAAAAUGUUGUUAAGAAUAAG